GCUUCUCUCAACUCAUUACUGCGUAUAUUACACGCAUAACCUAACAACUAUCCAUUCCUUAAAUACAUGUACAACUAAUUUUACCGGAUCAAUUAAUCUAGAUCAUAUUAUGUGCACCAAUAAUAAAGCAGCUGCUUAUUUCGUUUUGUUGAUCUUAUUUUUCAGCAACAUUUCAUUGAUUGCUGCACAGCUUGGACCACAGAUUAUUUCACCAGAACAGAAUGGAACUGUACCAGCUGGAGGCAAAGUUGAUAUAGUGUAUCGUUAUCAAAAUAUGGGUAAAGGGAAUUACACGGUCGACAUUCAGUUGUGGCAAGAUGCUGCCGUCACAAUCCCUAUCUCGAAUAUAGCAAUAGAUCAUGGAAUUAAAUCGGGCAAUUCAACUGGUGUUCAUUUGGCGUUCCUUUUGAACGAUACUUAUACUUGGUCUGUUCCACAUGGUUUAAACAAAACUUUCUGGUUGACUGUAACUGAGACUGCUGAAACUGCCUUCUAUAAAGAGGGGCUCAGGCUUAGAUCGCGUCCGGUCCUAUUACAUACAAGUGAUGCUUCCCUAACGAAUGGAUCCAUGAUCACUGUUCUACUAGCACUUAUUGCAGUAAUGUGUUUAAAUUAACCAUCCUAAUUCUUUUCUCUAAAAGAUCUGAC